AUGGAUUCGUUGUCGAAGAAGAUACAGAACCUGGGGAUCCACGAUAUUAGGAACGCAGCCCGGUUUGCGCAGAAUGUGAUCGUGCAGUACGAGCCGUACCAGGUGGAUAUAAGGCGUGCGACGAACACGGACGCCUGGGGGCCCACACCGAAGCAUCUCAGCAAAGUGCUUCGGCACAGGUAUCAGGUGCCCAUGUACCUGAUGACGGAGUACAUCUUGAAGAGGCUCGUGGACCACAUUGCAACGCGGCCAAAGAACCUGUACGAGAAGGCCCGGAAGGACUACGUGAACUACGGCGCCGAGUGGCGCGUCGUGCUCAAGUGUCUCACGGUGAUCGAAUUCCUCAUGUUGAAUGUCGACGAGGGCGACGAGUUGAACCAGAUACGCAGCAGUCUCCAGACACACAAGCAUAUACUCACGCGCGAAGUUGCGCAGUACCGCGUGAAGUUCUCCAACGACGGGAAAAUGGAGGUCCACGAGCGCGGGAUCAGGAAGAAGGGGGAGACUAUAGUUCAGUUCAUGGAGGACCCGCACUUCCUCAAGCGCGAGAGAAAUAAGAACAAGCAGAACGCAAGCAAGAUCCGGCACCAGACGGAAACGUCCAUCUACAACGCGAACGCCAUGGACUCAGCGUCCCUUGCCGCGACUACGGGCACGAACAACGGGCUCGGAGCAAACGGGUACGAUUACGUCGACGAUAGCGACGAGUUCGAUGACGCGGGUGCAGAUGUGGACGCCUCGGGCGUCGGGGCCAGUAUCGGUGCAAAUGUGGGCCAUCCACAGGAGCGUAAGCGCACGACGCUCGAGGAACAACGCAGGCAGCGCAGAGAGAUCCUCAGGGAGAGGAUCAGGUCCACGGAGCAACAGAGGAAGAAACAGGUUAGUAAAGACGCGCAUGCCCAGAAACAGCAAGAGGAGAUUCCGGAUUUACUGGACAUGGAUUUCGAUGCUCCAGCUCCAACCUCGCCCAGUCUGGGGGGUAGUACAGCGCAACCUACAACGGACAAGUCGGGAACUACUCAGGAGGACAACGAUGAAGAGGACGACGGGUUUGGUGAUUUCCAAACGGACGCAAACCCAUGGUCGUCGUCGGAACCCGCUGUUCAGCCAAACACUGCGGGCAGUCCCGCACUGGAUGACCUUCUAGGGUCCGGACCUUCGAAAUCGAACGGGAAACCCGCGGCAAAUACAACGAACAGUACUGGCUCGGCGCAGAACAAGGACCUGUUUGCAGACCUAUACACCAACUCCAAAUCGUUAAUAUGA